CAGGCGCGGCCGGUCAGCGAGCGGUGUGUUGCCGAAGGUGGCGGGCGACUGGCCUGGCUCAGCUGGCUGUAGAAGAGAUCGACAUUGCACCAUGUGCUGUCAUACCAGGCACACCCUUCCUUAUCCCGGCCCGCUGCCGCACCCUCACACUCCGCCGCCACUGCUGACUCGAACAACACACCCUUCUGCACAAGCCUAGCGUGUGACAAAACAUUUCCUAGGAGUAUACAUAUAGCGAACGAAUCCCACUUCAAGGCAGAGACAAGAGGCGGGGCGAGUGCUGAUAUGUAAGCGAAAGGCAGGGAUUCUAGUAUGGUGCUGCAAGCCGCCCAGCUUCGAAGAAACGAAGCUGCGAAGCACAACCCGCCUCAGAAGUGGACGACGAUGGUCGCGAUGUACAACAACGACAUGGAGGGAGCACACGGACGCCCUUCCGACGAGGACGUCCCCGAGCGCGACGUGCCUCCCUCGGCUUACGUCGCCGAAGACGAAGGACCAGCCAAGAGCGGUGGCCACGGCAGGGGCGCUUCUGGCCACGGGGCGGCGAUGGGCAGAGCGGAGGAGGGCGUGGAAGACCUCGGGAACCCUACUGACGAAGACUCGACCUCGAACAGCGGCGCGACGGGCAGCAGCGAGGGCCCGGAGCACCGCAGUGGGGAGGGCGACGCCGCCGGGUUCGUCGAGGGCGCUGUCGCAAAAGGGGCGAGCGAAGGAAUAGCAGCGACUUCCGAAGCCGAACCCACGCCGGGACACAACAGUGAUGACAGUGCGUCAGAUGACACUAUCAGGGGGGCUGAGGAUGGGGCAGCCAAGGGAAACGAUGAAGACGAAAACAAAGAAAACGUUGACAACACUCUCAAGGAAAGUGACGAGGAGAGCGACACGGAGGGCAGCGAGGACGAGGAUGCGGCCAGGGACGACGAAGGAGUUGAGUGGCUGCUGAAGAUCGACGACAUAGAGUUGUAUAAGAAGGCCAUGGCCCCGGAGCAUUUCUUCCUCAGGAUCAGCAGUCCGAAAGUCCUGACUGAGGAUCAGUUGCGCCUGGCCCUCGACCGACUCCUCGGGGAACUGAAGUGGCUGCGCCUCAGCUUGAAGCACAGAGAGGGCGACUGCUGGAUCUGCUAUCUGCCGAAGGCCACGAUGCAGGUUCGGAUCUGCAAUGACGACAGCCUGGGUUACAUCAUGGAAGAGCCCCAACGCUCACACUACUACCUACAUAACGACCUCCUCUGUACUGUCCACAUCCUUGCUGACCCUCAAGUGCCCAAAACUUCGCGGGGUCGAAGAAGAGGCAAGAAAGCGAACAAUAAUAGUGUCGACAAAGGUGAUAGUGCUGGCAUGCACAAUAGAAACCCCACGUGUGAUUACAAAUACCUCCUCCUCCUGGCUGGCCCUCCGCCUCUCCUAAACGAAGCUUCCGGUAGACUUAUCAGUGACACCUUUGUAAAACACCUUAAUGAUGCCAUGGAAGAGUCUGUUGCACAAGAACCGAUCGGACAAAGCCCCGGUUCCAGCACUGGUAAUGGGACGGAUGCUGACUUGGACUCGCCCAGUGUUGCUCAAAAUCCCUCUGGUCUGGAUACUCUUAUUAACGCUGGAGGUUCCGCCGCUUCUGGAAUUUCCUCUGAUAACGGUAGUUCUGAAGUCUCCACAGCUUUCGGAAUUUCCUCUGAUAAAGGCAGUUCUGAAGUCUCCACUGCUUCCGAAAUUUCCUCUGAUAAAGGUUGUUGUGAAGUUUCUGUGAGCACUCCUUUUGUUGAUGAGAGUCCUAAUGGCGGUGUCAGCAAUAACGGUAGUUCUGAAGUCUCCGCUGCUUCUGGAGUUUCCUCUGAUAAAGGCAGUUCUGAAAUUUCUGUGAGAACUUCUGAAGUCUCCGCUGCUUCUGGGAUUUCCUCUGAUAAAGGCAGUUCUGAAGUUUCUGUGAGAACUUCUGAAGUCUCCACUGCUUCUGGGAUUUCCUCUGAUAAAGGCAGUUCUGAAGUUUCUGUGAGGACUUCUGAAGUCUCCGCUGCUUCUGGGAUUUCCUCUGAUAAAGGCAGUUCUGAAGUUUCUGUGAGCACUCGUGAAGUUCCCACUGCUUCUGGUAUUUCCUCUGAUAAAGGCAGUUCUGAAGUUUCUGUGAGCAACUCUUUUGGUACUGAAAUUCCUAAGGGCGGUGUCAGCAAUACUGAAGUCUCCGGUGCGAUUGGUGAGAGUUCCGCUGAUGCUGAUAGUGUUUUUAAACAAGAUAAAAAUAAUCCCAGUGAUACUGAAGUUUGCUCAGGUACCGACAGCGUUAAUGUUAGCUUAGAUAUCGGCAGUGCUACGGGUGCUUGCUCAAAUAAUGGUGAUAAAUCAGAAAUAUCUUUAAAUGAAAUACAGCACAUUAAGACUUUCCUUAGUGAAUUUCAAAAGGGUGUAAAUAAUGACGAUCUGAGAUUUGGUGGAGAAAAUGGUGAAGAAAAUGAGGACGAUGAUACGUACGGGGGUGUUCGUAAAUCUCUAGAUUCGUAUGUAAACAAGAAUUUCAUAAAUAAGUGUAAAGCAGAACGUGUCAGCUAUUUCAAUGCUUUUGUAGCGUGCGUGAAUGCGGCCGCCGUCAAGCUUUUGGUGGAUGCCGGGCUAGAGCCUGACAGAGAGGUCGUGCUUUUCCACAAAGUGAACGUACGCUUCCCUUGGCCUCGUCAGGAGUGGUGGACGGACAGAGACGAUGACGGCAACGAAGCCGAUGGCGACGACGACGACGACGACGACGACGAGUACAGUUCGUCCGGCCAAGAAAGAUCAGUUAUUAAAGUGAGCACAGUUCCCAGCUCAUGGCACACUUACUUUUGGAAAACAGCUCAAACAGUGAACAGCAAACAGUGGGAAGCAGCAGAAAUAGAGAAGCCUGAAAUGCCAAGGAAGAUCAGACCUCUGAACGAGGAGGAAGUGGGCGAGCAAGACGAAGGGCCCUGCGUCGCCGAUAUUCAUUUAUCCGUCCCGAACAUAACCGAGACUUUCGAGUUUAGUGCACAGAGACAGCUCUUCAAAGUAACAGCCAUUAGGAAGCUGACGUUCGUUCACCAAUUCCUCAUGACCUUCAACAUCAACCUUUAUAUUGACACCGAGAGUGGAAAUCUCGGUUUCUACCUCAAUCAUUCUACGGUGUUUAAUUCUAGGGCCGUAAAGAUCAGAUUUGCCGAACUCAUUUUGGCAGUUCUGAAAAGGUCCUUGCAGUUAUGAUCGAAGACUCCCAUAGGCUUCCGUAAAAAAAUACGUAUGUUAAUAUAAGAAGUGUUAGAUAUUGCGUAUAUAAAUACAUCCAAACCAAAGAUAUAUAUAAACCGUAUUGUAAUUACUCAAAGUGCCGUGGAACCUGCAAGCAUUUAUUGUGCCUCAGAGGUCUUGGCUGUACACUCGUUCCUUCUUUGCACGUACAUGUAUCUCUCGCAUAAUAACCGUAUGUAUGUGAUAUUUAUGGUGCUAAAACUAUUGUUAAUAGAGUGAUUUUAUGCAGCACUUCACACGGUCUCUCUCUCUCUCUCUCUCUCUCUCUCUCUCUCUCUCUCUCUCUCUCUCUCUCUCUCUCUCUCUC